AUUAAAACUUUAACUAAACUUUAACUUUUAGCUAAAACUUUAAAUAAAAUUAAAGUGCCCCUAUUAUGCUUUUUCGAAUAUUACCUUUCAUGCAGUGUGUGAUAUAGCCGUUUGUGAAUGUAAAAGAUCUGCAUAGUUUUAAAUAUCAAAGUGCACGACAAAUAUAGCUAGCUAUUGUAUCCUAAAAGAAAGAAUCUAUUCUAAACUACCAAAACGAGUCAUCAGCAUUUCCAGCCUCACUUCCUGUUGCAUACCUACGUAACAAUGUAACAAAUUUGCAUAAUGGCAGCCUAUGGUCUUCAUUGGCUGCCCGCCAACAACGUCUACUUUGACCCUCAAACACUGUAGUUGAGGCCUGAAAGAGCUUGGUUUGUGUUGUCAACAUGUCGAGAAGACGCUGUUCUCAGCCCUGCGAAUCCACUUUGCAUGCACUUCAAAAGGAUGAGAACUUGAAUUGAUAUGGAAAAGCUGACGCAAUCGUUUCUGUUAAACCUAUUGUAGGAGACCUCAAAAACAACAUUAGGAACCUUUAAAAUAGCAUAAUAGGGGCACUUUAAAAUAAAAAUGCAAAAUAAAAAUAAAAACUGAUAUAUUAACUAUAUAGUAUAAACUAUAAUACUUUCUCAGUGAUACUAAAAUAACACUGGCUUGGAUUGGUCUUUUAAAUAUCUCUUUGUGUUCUAUAGAAGAAAGAAAGCCAUACGGGUUUGGAACGAAAAUAAUGAUAGAAAAGUUUAUUUUGUGUGAACUAUACCAUUAACGCAAAUUGGCCCUCAUAAGUGACCAAUUUAGAGCGCUUUACAUAGGCAGCAACUUUGCUUGUCAUACAGAUAGUGCUCCUCACACACAUGAAACUCGCCUCACAAGUGAUUUUAAAUUAUACUUUAAAGUAUAUACUUCGGUUUUGACGUGAAUACGCAUGGCCCUUCAAAUGAUACUUUACUGUGUACUGUACAUAUAACCUAGCAUACACAUAAAAACUGAAGUAUACUUUGGGCUUAGAAUUUGAUGUUAGCAUGUUGCUAAGCUAACACUGUGAUGCUCUAAUAAGCAUAAAAAUACAUAGCACACACAAAUAUUGGAUAAAAUAGUCUAUUUUAAUUAGACUAAACUACUGAUAUUUUAUUAAUACUUUUCACUACUGAAUGAAUUAGUAGUAUAUUUAUAUUCAGUUUUUUGUUUGAAUAUCGACAAUUCACUACGUUUUGGAACAGAAGACUAAGCAUCAUCCAGUCUGAAUAUGGAGUCUGAUAAGAUACGAGGUGUCCUGGUUGGCGAUGAUGAUGAUGAUAUUGGAGGUGUAGUUUUCCCCAGUACCUCCUCACUGUGCCAAUAUUUUUAUUUUAGUCAUUCUUCCAAUGGAGAACCACCAGAGCUCUGAGACUGACAGACUGAGCAUAAGCCUUUUUUUAAGCAGAUGCUGACCGCAACAGUUUGUUUGGAUUUUAUUACCUCUGUUCUGCCAACACGCACUUAUAAGUUCGUAAAAACUUGUGCAUGAGCAUCAGGAAGAUCUCCAAUAUCCUGCCAUAUUCAUUCUUUGACUGUCUCUAUCUAAUGCACUGUGAAAAACAACUGCUCGAUUUGCUCUGACCCUCUUUAAUGGUCAGUAUAACUGUUUUGGACUUGUUCGCACUUUUUAAAUAUUAGAGAUGGGCACAAAAAAAAAAAAUACAUAAGAGUAAUGUAUUUUUAGAUACUGUAACUCAGCCGUCUGAAUUUUGGUGAUAUGGACGGUACUUUUAAGGCAGCUUUCUGUAGGGUGCCAUGUUUGAACGAGUAUCUUAUGUUUGUUACAGCACUAUCACACUUCAUCUAGGUUACGUUUACAUUAUGGAGACGAGCAAGAUUAGUGGAUCCUCAUUUGGGUGCACUUUUUUCUUUUCAGAAAAUUGGUUUUAUACCUCUCUGUGUUAUUGAAAAGAACUAGUAGAAAUAAGCUCACAAGGAAGAUAUCUAGGUUGUAUUUCACCUCAAAUUCAUUUACAAAGUCAUUUCGUCUUAUCAUUACCUUAUCUCAUAACUGCAAUGCAUCUGAAUGUUUUAUAAUUGUCAUUCUCAUUGAGGCUUCUCACUAUGGUAAUAUUUAACAAAUAUCAUUGUGUAUAAAUAAUGUACAAUUUUAAUAAUAUAUCAUUUAUUUAUUUUUUCACACACUGCAAUAAUCAGAAUUGGAGGAAUAAGUGAAGAUUUUCUCCAAAAUCAGUUAAUAAUUCAAGAAGGGAGGAAAUGUGCUUAAUUGUAAUGAAAAUAAUGUCACAAAUCAAAACAUAGGCUUCAUUUUAUUUAUGCAAAAUAUAAUUUCAUAAGGUUUUCUUUUGCUUUUGGAGUGAUAUACGACCUGGACGUGUUCAUGACAGGCUUGGGUGAGAUUCUCCCAAAGUAUCAGUUGAGAAAAUUGGCUGUUUUUUAAGUAAUAUUAUGAAUGUGACUGUGUCCCAUCAUAGGCAGGCAGGUAUAAACUGGUGCUUCUGAUGUAAUUCCCAGUGCAGAUAAUUAUUAAUAGGUCUCUCUAAGGAGUCUCAUACAUCUUUUAGCACACUAUGAUCUCUUAGGAGAAAUCAAAAUGAUAUUUUCACUCUCAUUGUCCUCUUUAAAUUCUCCAUCAAAGGCUUCCUUGCUCUUGCCCGUCUCCUGAGUGGGUGCUCAUCUUUUUUUUUCAUUUGUUUCUUUGAUUUGUUUUAUUGUUCUUGUGACGCCUGCUGGACAGUAUUAUUUUCUCUCCAAUUUGAAUUGUGUGUUUUGAUGCUGUAAGAAAUUGACACUAACAGAGGUUAUAGACCAAGGUACAUAGCAAGGUCAUUCCCUCGAAGAGGUUUUGUUGCCAUCUGCUGGAUAGAAAGCGGAUUAGCAUUUAUUAUAUUGUUACUUAGCCUGCGUCUCAAUGUGCAUGCUAUCCAUCAUAAAUAGUAAGAGACAUUAUUAGUAAUAUUAAAUACUAUGUAGGGUGGAUAGUAUGCACAUUGGGAUGCAGGGUUAGUUUUUUAUUUUAACUAAAUUGAAGUGCAUUGGAUGCAAAUAUCAGGCAGUUUGCCUGUUUCCCAAUAUGAUGGGAAUUCAUAGCUUGGGUUUAAUAUAUUCUCAUAAAAACUGACUCGUUUUGGGUUCUUAGAAUUGGGUAACUGGAAAUGUACAAGAAUGUGAAUGUAUCUUAGCGGGUGUUGAGGUGUAGGCAGUCUUAUGGAGAUGAUAAAAUCCAUGAUAAAAGCCUACACUAACUCAAGUGUGCCUACCUGAGGGCUGUUUUCAUAAGGAAACACCAGCCUUUCAAGCUUUAUUUAUUAGGGUCUCAACUGUCCAUCCAUGCUUCAAUGUUUUCACUCAUUACAUCAUUUCUAGUGAACAGCAUCAUAGGAAAGAUAGACCGUACUAAAGAUCAGCGUGUCUAAUUUAUUAUCAGGAUUCAUUUUGACACAAAUUUUACACUUUUUUUUUUUAGGCUGUGUUAUCAGUUAUUAAGGCUCAAGGGGGCGCCAACACUAUUAAUCGGCUAUGCUUGCAUAGUUAUCGUUUAACUAUGCCGAUCAUUUCAAAAUGGCCCAUUAAACGAUCUAGCUGAUUUAUCAGUCUAUAGGUGCCAUCACAUUUACUGAUCAGCAAAAUUUUGCAAUUUGAAAGUUUGUGCCAAUUGGGAAUGGGAACUCUCAAUAAUAUAUGACCGCACCUUAUCAGUGAAAGUGACAGGGUAUUCACACUAAUGUUCAUCCAGUCUCUCUGUACCACAAGCACAGCGGUUAACUUACUACAAUUAGUAUAAAAAAAAUUAUGAACAGAACGAUAACAAAGUCUGUUACUUUUUACUCUUCACCGUAAAAAGUGAGGUGAGGGUUGUCCGAUAAAUACCUCAGAUGUUACUGCUUAUUCUUGUGAUGAUGUUUUACUGGGACACUAGUGUACUGGAUGAUGUUUUCAAUGCUGAGAUCUCUUAACAUUGAGUGACAGUCGCGGUAUUGACGGUUUUAAUGUGUCUUGUAUUGGUUGCAGCGCAAAAUUGCGCUGACGAUUUGCGUAACUCUUUGGCUCCUGUGUAUAUGGUUUCUGAUGUCAGCAAAAUAUCAGAUGUAAAUGCUUAUUUUAUUAUAUUUAUGUAUUUUACAUUCAUGGAAAGCUGGACAAAUACACUGGUUAAAAAAAAAAAAAAAACACUGUCUGAUGUCUUUUUUCUUAUGUCUCAUGCUAUCUCACAUUUUAGUAUAUAAAAAUGUGUGUUGUUUGCCAUUUUAUUACUUGUUAAAAUGUGCUAGCAGUAUUUUAAAACAUGCUAGCAUGAUGGUGGUCUAAUAUGCUCAGAGAUUUUAUUUGUUUUCCUGUCUUCAUCUGUCUUUCUGUCUAUCUGACAAUAAAACCUUCAAGCCUCAAGUCUUAAAGCUAUUUCAUACUUUCAGGCCUGGCUUUGUCAAGUCGGCAUCAUUAAACUUUAUAUAGCUUUAAUUUUUUCCUUUCAAAGUCAGCUUUACUGUGAGAGACUUACACAACGGAAGUGGAUGAGGCAAAUUUGGAAACAUUAAAAUACUCACUGUUUCAACUGCCACAAGAUAUAAACAAUAUGCAUGUGACCAUGAUUUAGUGUAUAUAUAUAUUUUCUGUGUAAAGUUAUAUCUAAAUGUACUACUUUGUUGAUGUCACAACAUAUUACUGUAAACCCUAAAAUACACAAGUUUUAACAGAAUAAUUAAUGUAAGUGCAUUUAUAAAAUAAUAGGCUUUACAUUUCUCUAUUUAAAUUAGCUCUGUUUACUUAAUGAUGUUUUAUUAACAAAGUUUGGGAGGAGCAGUGCAUAUAAUUAACCUAAUUAACACAAGUGGAAAGCUUUCUGCUAAUCGACCAACAACAAGAGGUGUAUAUAUACCUCAGACUCAACUCUGUUCAUUGACAGUUCUUCAGCAUCCCCCCACUACCCCAUCUCCACACUUCUAGCUCUAUCUAUUAUUACCACAUCGAGGGGGGAGUACUCUGGGUUCGGGCUAAAAUUCUGAGCUCGGAGCCCUCCCCCCCCGGACAACACGCCAAAUACGCAUAACUCUAUUUAAUUAGAUAACUUGUGAAAGUACCAUUGUAAGUACCACAAGUGCCUCAACCCAACCUUAGGAGCAACGAGUCUAAGGUAAAAUGAACAAUGCUACAAAUGCUGUCAACUGAGCUUAACUUGUAUUGAGCCUUGUAUUUUCGACCUAGACGUUGAUUACAUGGUUGAAAUGUAUUAGAUUUAUGUUGAGCCAUAUCUAGAGACCAAAAUAUCUUAAGAGACUUGAGUCAGUAAACAACCACAGAAUACCAUAGAAAUCACAAAGCAACAUGCUAACUGCCAUUCAGAACACCAUUGCAAACACACAACAACAGGGCUGCCUACUUUUGAGUUUAGCUUGGAGUGAGAAUUAUGGAAAGGAGGUGUGUGGGGAUUGAGGUGGUUGUGAAAAAAAAAAAAAAAACCUUACAUCACAAUAAGUGUAUUGUCAAAACAUUUGGAAACUAAACAGAAUUUCAUUGAGAUUAGUGACAAUAUGUUACAAUGUUUACAUGGUACAAUUGACUGGUAGGCUACUAUUUUUAUUAGUUCUUGACACAAAUUUCACGAUUUCAAUUCAUAAUCUUGUGAUUUGAUUCCUGAUUUGAUUCCUAUCUUGAUUCAAUAUAAUCAAUAUUCAUUUGGAUAAAUAUCAGGCACAGUAACUACAUGUUAAAUUUUCUCAAGGAAAACAUCUCUCAACUAAUGCUAUAAACAUACAGGGAGCCCUGUCAGCUGGAAUAAUAAUAAAAGGUUAAAAUUAAAAACUCAAAUGAAUAUAAUGCAUUUUCAAUGACCUGGUAACCACCCACAGAACCCUACCAACAUAGUGCUCAGUUUUGUACAAUUUAAGCAAAACUAGCAUGUUCUCCAUGUUGAAUGUUAUGAAACGUAACAUUAUAAGUGCCUUUGUAUGACUUUGUCAGUAUAACUGGACCACUUUUGUAUAAUUAAUAUGCCACUUUAGUGAAUGACUCACUGAACAUCCAGUCUAAGUCAAGGUUUCCUUCACCCUCACUGUUUCCAUGUGUCAUGCUAGCUCUCUUCUGCCAGCAAAUGUUUGAUAUAACCAUCAGCCACCACUAGGUGGAGCCAAACACUCCUUCAAUAAACACACAGAACGCCUCCAUCAUACUGUAAUGGUGUGAGUGUGAUAAUAUGCAUGUGCCAGUGACAUUUCUGGUCUCAGCUUUUGCAGAUAAAUGCUGCGACAAGCGUGUUUAUGUCUGCAGAGGAGAAAAGGAUGUGUCUGACCUGUGUAAACAUGGAGCCGCUGCUAGGCAACAUCAUUCUAGUUAUGCCUUAAUAAGGCAGUGUUCUCCGUCUGUCCACUCAUUCACUGUUUAGUUCUGCGUAGAGCCAGGCCACCUGCUUAUGCAAUCACUGUCAACACAAAGCAUGCCGGGUGAGCACCAUUUAUCUCAACGUUUUCCUUCCUCUGGUUUUCAAACGUAUAAAACCCCUGAUACCACUUUUUAAAAUGACAGUGUUUAGAUAAAAUUAUGAUGCAUUGUUAUCUCCUAAGUAGUAGAUACACCAAAGCGGAGUAGGGAAAGAUCAGGACAAGCAGUGCCAAAAUACAUCACUAAUACUUAAUGUCCCGUUCUACUGAUUCCACAUUUUUUCCUGGUCCCUUCAAAAGAGGGUGAUGAGGGUCGGGGUGGGAGUGGUCUCACGGUGACUCUGAAAAACUCACUCACUCCAGCAUCAGAGUUGAGUUGAGUGUAUGUGACCUUUCCAGAUCAGACCGCAAGACCUUACCUCUGGACAGCCGCAGCAAGAUUGAUCUCUUUGUUUGUGUUUGGGUGCCAGUUGGUUUACAGGACUGUGGGACACAUCCUCCUAAGCUGUCACUAAAGAUGGAGGGUGAGAAGGGAACAUUAGAGGCAGGUACCAAAGAGCAAGCUGAUAUGGCGGGUCCACUGACAGUCGAACAGCUGGCAGCUAUAGAGGAUGAAGAGAUCCUCAAUAAUAUGCUAGAUAAGGCUGUGGAUUUCGAGGAGAGGAAAAUGAUCCGGGCUGCCAUGAGAGAACUGCUCAAGAGAAAGAGGGAACGGCGUGAUAGGGAGCGGGCGGCCCGAAUGGAGAACCUGCGUCAGCAGGGUGGCGGAGGCAAGACAGCUGCUGGACUGAAUAAGGACCAGAAACCCAUUAAUGGCCCAAGUGGCGCUCAGUACAAUGCACACAAGACGGCUCAGGCAAAAACAUCUUCAACACCAACCUCUACUUUCUCUCCAAAAACUGGGAGCAGCCCUGCUCAAUCCCAUGUGGCCAGGGUUAAAGUGCCAGGCGGCUCGGCAGUCGGGGGCCCAAACACCAAAGAUGUCAAACAGAUGCUGCUGGACUGGUGUCGUGUCAAGACCGAACCAUAUGAGGGUGUGAACAUCCAAAACUUCUCCUCCAGCUGGGCAGAUGGUCUGGCGUUUUGUGCCCUGGUGCACAGGUUCUUCCCUGAGGGCUUUGAAUAUUGCACUCUCGACCCUUAUGAUCGCAGGGCCAACUUUGAGAAGGCAUUCAAGACUGCAGAGAGACUAGCUGACUGUCCUCCCCUGCUGGACGUUGACGACUUGAUGCGGAUGCGAGAACCCGACUGGAAGUGUGUGUACACGUAUAUCCAGGAGUUCUACCGCUGCCUAGUAGAGAAAGGUCUCGUCAAGACUAAAAAGAAGAUGCCAUAGGAACAUUUUGAGAGUUUUCACUAUAAAUGACCAAAGCCACAACAGGCACACAACAUAGCGCACAUGUGACCUGACCUGCAGCUUUUACCUAAGAUCAGAUAGUCUAUUAUGUACUCAUGCUCUUCUCUGUUUCAUAAACACACAUGCAGUGGAUGAGGAUUAUAACCUGUGUGUUUACCACAAGGGUACAGAUGGGGCUCUGAAACAGUGCAUUCCAGUGAGAUUACACAAGCAUUAAUCUCAGUCUAUGCUGAGAGAUUGUGUGAAAGUGUGUGUGUGUGCAUAUGCAGAAGGCUUUUUAUGGUACUGCUACUCCCUGUUUUGAAUGCACUCCAGCACAGAGACAUCAGGCUUAUAAGGGCAUGAGAUCUAAUGCAGAAUUAUACUUAACUCAGAGUUACUGUUUGUUUAAAAAUAUAGACAGGGCACUUUUACUAUUAUAUAAAAGAGUUCAGAAAGGACAACAAAGUUUAAGAGCCUCAAAUGUCUCUUUCGUCUCCUUCAGAAUAGAAAUGUCACCUGCUUUUGCUUAUAGGCUGAAAUAUGACAUUUUUAAUAGUUUUUAGUUUCUCUCAUCUUCUUCAGGAUCAGAAGUCCAUCAUACUGAGCACUUGCUUGGUACUGAAAAAUGAACUGCACUAAGAGAGAUUAGGUCCAAUAGAAACUCUCACUCAGGGAUAGACAGGCACUCGAAGCCUGUAGGACGCCUGUAAGUCUUGUUUCAGAAGGCCAAUGGUAAUUUUCAAGUGCUGUUUAAAAUGGUUUGAUUAAAUUAUGGGUGUUAUUUUCCUCCCACAGAGCCUCACCAACUGUUUGCCAAGUAUUAUUAAAUGUGAUAUUCUUCUCUGUG